CAAUCAAUACAUAUGUUUGAAUCUCCAGGUUAUUAUUCUGAAGGAGGAACUGUUGCUACUGUUUGUUUGAGCUGUUUAUAUUAUUAUGUCUUUGUGAAACACAUUUAUGGAUGGUGAAGUUAAUGAAACAUAUAUAACCCUUGAAGGACAUGUAGAGUUGGACAAAUUCAGAUAUCUUUAUUUUGCAGUCAUGCUAGCAGCGUAUGUUUGCAUCGUCGUCUGUAACCUGACCAUUGUGUAUCUCAUAUGGACGCACAGAAACCUCCAUGAGCCCAUGUAUGUUUUCAUCGCCGCUUUGCUUCUGAACUCUGUUGUUUUCAGCACUAACAUUUAUCCAAAACUGCUGUCAGAUUUUCUAUCGGAGAAACAGAUUGUAUCAUAUUCAGCUUGUUAUUUGCAGUUUUUUCUCUUUUAUUCUCUAAGUGGCUCAGAGUUUUUACUGCUGGCAGCAAUGGCCUACGAUCGCUACGUGUCUAUAUGUAAACCUUUACAAUAUGCAACAAUAAUGGGGAGAAACACGGUCAGUAUUUACCUGAGUUUGGCCUGGCUGGUGCCUGCCAGUGUGACCGGAGUGCAGGUGGUACUGAGCUCCAGCAUUAAACUGUGUACACUGCACUUGGAUGGGAUCUUGUGUAACAAUUCAAUUUACAAUAUGUACUGCGUAAGCUCAAAAGUCCACAUCAUAUUUGGUGCUCUUUCUGUGGCUUUAAUUGCUUUUUUCUCCCUGAUUUUCAUCAUUUUUAGCUACACCAGAAUAUUUAUCAUAUCCUAUCGCAGCUCUAAAGAAGUCAGAAAGAAAGCUGCUCAGACCUGCUCACCCCAUCUGCUGGUGUUGAUCAGUUUCUCCUGCUUGUGUGCAUUUGAUGUCAUUAUAGUCCGACUGGGAUCCAACCUUACAAAACUAGUGCGUUUAAUAAUGACUUUACAGGCAGUUCUGUAUCAUCCUCUAUUAAACCCAGUCAUAUAUGGUUUAAAAAUGAAGGAAAUAUCUAAACAACUGAAAAGGUUGUUUUAUCAAACUAAAGCUCAAUAGUGAUGAAGUUGAUGUAUUGAUCUUAGAAUACCAUCUGACACUUAUUGUUAGUAUUCCUAAACUUUUUAAAAGUUAAAAUUAAAAUGUUAAGAUGUACAUGUAUAGUUUAAGUGAAGUAUGUGUGGAUUUUACAAAUGGCUGACAAAAACAACAGUUACGUACAUAAGCUUAACCAGAGAAGGUCGAUGACCRUCAGUCU